AUGGCCAUCCCCAAUCAAAUACAAGGGACCUCAGCUGAUGGGUCCGAGUUCGAAUCAUUGUGCCAGUCGUCCGAGAACGCGGAUCUAUUCUCGGUUCCAAUGGACGAAGGCUCGGAGCAUUGGCCAGUCCCAGAUUCGCAUUUUGAUAGCCCGCUACAAGUAGAUCCAUUUCGACCGCUCAUCCGGGAUCGGACGGGGCAGAAUCAAGAUAACACCGAGCCUAUGAACCAGGCUGCGGAGAUUCUCCAGCUUUACUCAAAGCUUUGGGAGUCCUAUAGUAGCAAGCAGGCUGAAUUCUAUCGUCUGCAGGAGGAGAACGACAUGCUCUGCGCGGCCAACGUUCAAUUGUGUCAAAAAUUGCAAAUUAUUGAUCGUCAGCUUGCUGACCAAGGGGCAUUACUAGAAUACUCUAAACAAGGGUUUGAAAACUUUCGAAAUGGAUUGAGGGCUGUGCUCGAAGCUUGGGAUGACCGUCCUGGGUCGAAAUAA